AUGGGAGGUGAAUAAAGUAGACCCAAUUCAAGCCAGCAAAGGAAUUAGUUAGCAAGGCAAUAAAACUAGCAGAGACAAUAGGCUCCUUAUCAAGGUCCAGUUGGCAAUAACUAAAACUAGAGCAGCAGACAGCCUAAUCCACUAGCUUAAUAAAGAGCAAAUCAAUAGUAGUAGAUACAAUAAGUGCCUCCUAUUCCUCAGCCAAUCAAUCAGCAGAGACAAGACGAUCCAAGAAUGCAAUUUAUGGAUUAAGCUCUCAACCCCAACAGAGCCAACCAAUAUCAAUAGAUCUACAGAAAGAUGACAUAAAACAAGCGAGACUUAAAGAACUUUAAGCUACUUGUGUACUUGAACAAAGAAUCUAUUAAAGUUAACACAACUGCUGAUAACAAGCUUGAAUUAAGUUUUAAGGUUGAUUCACUCAGUGAUUGCUUGAUUAGAGUUAACACUUGUGUCAGUGAAAAGAAAAAUAUCAACAAUGUACCUGAGAUGAUGUAUACUCCAAAUAAAGAUGACUACACUCAAGAAAUCCAUUUGAAAAAGGGAAUGCAGUAGGAGAUUAACUUCAAUCAGUGCAAGUUUGACCUUGCCAAGAUGACUGGCUUUGAGCUCCACAAGUGCCAAUACAACUAUUACCCAAUAACAUUUAGUGUCAAUUACUAAGGCAGAGGAAAGUUUUAUGCUUUUAUUAUCUAUGGCUACUUCAAUAAGGACGGUAACAACAAGAUCAAUGGAGUGCAUAUCACCAAAUAACUAGUUAUUAUUAAUGGAAUCCCCUUUGAAAUCAAGAAUAUAUAUGGACUUAACAUGGCAACUGGAACAACAGCUGAAGGCGAGGCUUCAGAUUCAGCCUAAGAAGGAGUUGCUGAUGAUGGAGAUGGAAAAGAGUGUUUGAUUUGCUUAACAGAACCCAGAGAUACUUUGAUUAUGCCUUGCAGUCACUUAUGUGUCUGCAGAGACUGUGGAAAUCAGAUCUAACAGAAGAAAUAUACCUGCCCAAUUUGCAGAGGAAACAUUGGUUCUCUAAUUCCUAUAGAUAUGAUCAAAAAAGCUAAGAAAACAUGA